AAACGAACAACCUAUAUACGACAAAUGCCUAUGAUACCAAUUGCAGCAGGUGUAUGGCCAAAAACUAGCGUAAAAGACGUAGCCGAAUCUUUGGGAAUCGGAAACUUAUCAGAUGAAGCAGCAAGCGCGCUAGCAGCUGACCUUGAGUUCAGGUUAAAUCAAAUCAUUGAAGAAAGCAUCAAGUUUAUGAGACACGCAAAACGGACAAAGUUGAUGGUGGAAGAUGUUGAUUAUGCCCUACGAGCCAAGAAUAUAGAACCUUUAUGGGGUUUUGCAUCAACAGAUACACUCUCAUUUCGUCGAACUACUUCAACUGCUGGAAACCUUUAUUUUGUCGAUGACGAAGAGAUUGAUUUGACUAAGAUUGUUAAUGCUCAACUUCCUCCUAUCCCUCGUGAGACGAGUUAUACAGCUCACUGGCUUGCAGUCGAAGGUGUUCAGCCUGCUAUUCCUCAAAACCCGUCUGCAGCAGAACUCAAGAAUCAUCCAGCCUUCCCUGCUUAUCUUUCCGCUUCAAGAUCAGAUUCCAAGGAGGAAGAUGAACAUAAGAAGAUGAACAUCAAUCAACAUUUAUCACGUGAACUUAGGUUAUAUUUCGAUCGAGUCACUUCUGCUGCGUCUUCAGAAGAUCAGCGUGCCAAAAAUGCUGCGUUGGCUAGUUUGAGUGGCGAUCCUGGUUUGCAUCAACUCGUGCCUUAUCUAGUUCAGUUUGUCGCAGAAAAGGUCACUCAUACCCUCACUUCUACAUCUUCACCACAACUCAGCUCACUUCGAGAUUCGAUCCACAUUCUCGAAUCUAUCCUCUCGAAUUCUCACCUCUAUCUAGAGCCCUAUCUGCAUCAAAUCUUACCAUCGAUGCUCACAUGCCUUCUUUCCUCUUCGUUUUCAUCAUCGCCUCCUACACUAGAAAUCGAAGUUCGAAAAUUGGCAGCUUCGCUUCUUUCCACUCAGGUCUCACGCUUUCAACCAUUUUAUCCUACUCUCAGAUCAAGAAUUCUCAAGACUUUGGCCAAAUCACUAAUCUCACCCAAGGCUACCGAUGGAAAUCGACUAGGAGCGGUCAUUGGGAUCAGGGCACUUGGGAUGGAGGCUACAAGAGUUAUCUUGGCUCAAAAUUUGAAGGCUUUUGGAGAGUGCUUGGAGGCUGAUAUUGCCGAAGGUAAAUUAGUAGAAGAACGUGUACAAGACUUGGUGAAGGAAACAUUGUCAACGAUGGCAGGUUUUUUUAGUUCGAGUGAGAUUACCGAGCGAUUAAAGAAACCUAAAUUGAUCACUAUCCCUGCUCAAGAUGAAUUGGAAGCAGAAGUGGGUGUAUUGUUCGCAGCAAGAUUGAUGGCUAGUUCAGAUGAAGAAGAAACCAAGCGAGCUUAUAGUUUUCUUAAACAAUUAUCUGGAAAUGGAUCAGAUUCAGAGCAUGAUGUUGAGAUGAUGGAAGAAGAUGAACAAGCACCAUCCGCACCAUCCGCACCACCACCACCACCACAAGAUGAACAACCCAAGAUUGAGAUCGAUCCACCGGUGGAAACUGAGAUUGAAAAAGAAAAAGUAGAAGAGAAAGUUGUAGAAAGUAUGGAAGAAGAAAAACAAGAAGAAAAGGAAAAGGAAGUGAAUGAAGUUGAGAAAGAAAGACAGAAGAGUGAAGGGUUUGAUGAUGAUAUGGUUUUAGGAUCGGAUGAUCCAGUUGUACCAUCUAAUACUGAGACCACUACUUAAGUUAACUUCAAGAUUUAAUGUGUAUAAAUAUGAUGUUGAGAUUUGAUUUUAUAAUUCAAGAGAUGGGUUACUGGUUCGAUGUGUAUGAUGAUGAGAAUUGCCUUGGAAGCAUAUAUAUAUAUAUAUAGUG